AUGAUAACUCUAAAGCACAUUGGAUCCUUUGUCCUUACCACAAGUUUUAUCCUCUGCUACCUCUAUUCUCCUACCCUUCCUUUCCAGCGAUCCUUAUUUUCUUCGUUUUCCUCCACAAAAAUCCGAUAUGAAAAUGCGCAAAAGCUCCCCGUAUCUUCACACGACGACUAUUUCAUAACGACUAUUUUUUUUUGGCCUAUUUUUUUUUGGCCUAUUUUUUUUUGGCCUAUUUUUUUUUUGGCCUAUUUUUUUUUGGGCCUAUUUUUUUUUUCACCUAUUUUUUUUUGGCCUAUUUUUUUUUGGCCUCUUGUUUUUUGGCCUAUUUUUUUUUGGCCUAUUUUUUUUUGGCCUAUUUUUUUUUUGGCCUAUUUUUUUUUGGCCUAUUUUUUUUUGGCCUAUUUGUUUUUGGCCUAUUUUUUUUGGCCUUUUUUUUGACAAUUUUUUAACUAUUUUUUACUAAUAUUUGGGCAUAAUUCCAUACUAAUUGUUUUAAUCUAAUUUUUUAAUGUGUUUUAAACGAUUUAACCAACAAAAAAUGCACCCUUAACAGAUUUCUUACUCCAUGAAUACUAAUUCAUUGCUUUUAAAAUUUCGAGAAUUUUAGGUUUAAUUAGGAGUUUUUUAACUUAAUUUACUCAAUAUUAAUCGCGUAAGGAAAGGUCUCUAUUUCUCAAUAAGGUUGUAGUCCUCUCAGCAGCUUCAUGAAUGAGGCUAGGCAAAAAAAAUAGGCCAAAAAAAAUAGGCCAAAAAAAAUUAGGCCAAAAAAAAUAGGCCCAAAAAAAAUAGGCCCAAAAAAAAAAUAGGCCAAAAAAAAAUAGUCGUUAUGAAAUAGUCGUCGUGUGAAGGAACCAAAGCUCCCCUAUUUACUGUCCCCAGCUUGAGAUGAAUACUUAGGUCGUUCGACUUUCUAUAUAAACGAUCACAAAAUAAUAGACGAAGACUCCUAUUGUAAGAAAUUCGCAGAAUAUCAGCAAAACCACCCAGCUAAUUUUGACCAAUUAGGCUUGCCAAAUAAAGUUUCUCGUGUUGUGUAUUCUGAUUACUAUUCAAACAAUUUAGUAAAAGAUGUAAUUAGAGAAACAGGGUAUUUAGCACUUCCUGAGUAUACUAUGGGGUCAUUAAGGGAGCUACCUUUAACGCACUUGCCAGCUGAUAUCACCAUGUUUUUUCACAAAUCAAUGGAAUUUCAUCUUUUUCAUAAAAUUGGGGUCCAUUUUUUGUGUCUUGGUCAGAGAUAUAACCAUAUACCAGGGCAUGAACAUAUGGUAAAUAAAGAUGAAGAAGCGCAAAAUAAUAAGAAUUACGGAGAAUAUUAUAUGGAUAGACCACAUUGUUUUGAUCCUUGGAAGUUUAUGCCUUAUACACUUGAUUUAAGCAACAAAGAGCAAUGCUUGGAAGUAAUGGAUUUUUUGAAAAGCGAUAACAGUCCUGAUGUGGUGAAAUGGAUUAAAAAGAAAGCAAGGGGAAGUCAUAAUGCAGAAGGUGUAGAAAUUCUGAAUAGGAAAACUAUUUCUAAAUUGAUUGAAAAUUAUAAUAAUGGAGAGUUGUGUGGAAUAAAGGAAGAGAAAUAUAUUGUGCAGAAAUAUAUUCCUGACCCAUUGCUAGUUAAGGGGAGAAAAUUUGAUUUCAGGGUCUACAUGCUAAUAGCAAGCCUAGAUCCUUUAAUUAUUUUAUACCAUGAUGGCUUUUUAAGAGUUUCUAUGAAUACAUAUGACCAAACUUCUACAGAGUCAAACGUCCACAUAACAAAUACAGCAUUAGUCAAGGAGUAUCUAGAUAAAAUAAAUGCAUCGGAAGACCAAUAUGAAGAAGUAAUGAAAGAUCAAAUGUGGACUUUUCAGCAAUUUUUGAGCUACAUGCAAGAACAAGGGAUUGUAGAAGGGGACUGGAUAAAUGAUUAUGUGAGGCCUACAAUGAAAUUAAAAAUGCUGCAUCUGGUCAGAAUGAACAUAGAAAAGUUUUUAUGGCAUCCUGGAGUAUUUGAACUAUAUGGAGUUGAUUUUAUGUUUGAUUCUAAAUUGCAUCUGUGAUUUCUAGAAGUAAAUAGAAGUCCCGCUAUGAUGGCUACGACAGAAGAAAAAGGAAGAAUUCAAAGCAAACUGAUAAAAGAUACGCUGGAUUUGGAGUAUGCUUUAAAUUAUGGUGCCGACUUUGACAAAAUAUUAGCAGGGACUGGAUUUUUAAAAGUUUAUGAUGGCAGGCUAGAAGGUAUGGAUAGAUACCAAGGACUUCUUACAGAAGAAUGCAUAUAA